AUUCUGGAUAAUUUAGCCCACAGUGGAUCGACGCGGAAUAAGGAACAGUCUGCCCUACUACUGGCCUGUCUCGUGGCCUCGGCUCCAAACUUUUUCAUUCCUUAUGCAGAACCCGUCAUUCAAAUACUCAUUCCCCGGAUUCGGCAAGCUUUGCCAGUCUCGUUGCGUGCUUCACUCGCCGCGUCGGCCGUGUCCCGCCUGCAACAGUCGUCGAGCAUUUUUGACACUGACCGCUGUGAGUCUAUCUGUUCUAGCCCUAUGAAUGAUCAGUCCGAUUCAACAACUCAAGCAAUGCAUGCUGCCGUUAUAGCCACCCAGCUCGCGGCAAGUGCUGCCGUGGCCACUGCGAACGCGGUGGCUGCAGCCGCAGCCACAGCCAAUACAGCGGCCGCUCCCGGCUUGGGGAUCAAUGCAGGCGCAAUAGCUCAACAACAAGCCAGUCGUUUGGCCUUAUCCAAGCGUGGGACACACAAUGCACAAAGCACUAGCACGGCGAAUGCGGUCGCCAUGGCCACAAAUGCAGCAGCCACUGCUGCCACCGCAGCUGCUAUUGUGCUAAAUGCCACCGGGCAGUACAUGGAUGGAGCAGUUCCAACAGUCGAUACUCUGACCAGUCACUUUGCCCGAUGCGGUGGGAUUCCUCCGGACUUGGCUGCGCUCACAGGCACAUACAUGAACGCGGUUAUGAAUCUGGGUGAGCGAUCAAAACCUUUCCAACUCGACCUUGGUAGUCGAUCAUUGGAACCACCUGGCGGACCCGUUGGCAUUGGCCUAGCCUUACAAACCGCAUUCAAUCAAUUACCCUCAACGUCAAAUGUCACAGGCCUAUAUUCGUCUGGUUUAUUUGCGUCCGAUGCUACGGGUAUCUCAGCCACAACAGCGACAACUUCUCCAGCCUCCACCCAAUGGACCGAGCCAACUUCGGUGAUCAUCGCUUUAUUCACAGCACUUGGUCGUCUAUCCGCUGUGGCUCCAUGCUCCAUUCGGUCUUAUAUGGACGAGUUUAUCCCGGUUCUUUGUUGGAUGAUGCAAGACUCUUCCUGCCUGCUUCGACGAUCGAUCGCGGUGUGGACUCUCAGUCGUCUGAUCUCCAAUGCCGGAUUUGUUGUGUCCCCGUAUCGUCGUCAUCCGCAAUUGCUUCAAACACUACUGGAUAUGCUCAAACGCGAGGAGUCAAAGGAGAUCAGACAGGAAGUCCUCCGUUCUCUUGGAGUCUUGGGUGCAUUGGAUCCAUUCAAAGUCAAACUGUACUCCGGGCAGGUGGACACAUUCGGGGACACAGGGAUCGCGGUCAGUUUGCACGAAGCGGAUGAGAAGAAGGAUGUUGACAUUACACAAUCUGAAUUAGUGGUCAGUUUGUCUUGGGAGAACAAGGAUGUGUUCUUCUCGGUCUGUGCGUUGUCUGCACUCAUUCAAACAUUACGCGAUCCUGCUCUGCGUAGUCAAUACGGGAACAUCGUCCGUACCAUUGUCUAUGUAUUAAAGCUUCUCGGUCCUCGGUCUGUCUACUAUCUGCGACAGUUAAUGCCGGAUUACUUCAAGUGUCUGCGGGAAACGCGUGACGUUCGGCUUCAAGAAUUCCUUAUACGCAAAUUGGGCUCGAUAAUGUCCGUGGUACGUUUGCAUACAAAGGAAUUCGCCCACGAAGUUAUCGAUUUGCUUAUCGCUCACUGGUGGCUUGCACCCAAUGUGCAAAAUGCAUGCAUCACAGUGCUCAGUCCCAUGGCAGCUGCACUCGGCGCGGAAUUUCGACCUUAUCUCACCCGGCUGAUCCCGGUGAUUCUUCGCACGUUGCAUCAUGAAUCAAAUGAGACCAAUCUGAUUGCGCUUCUUGAAGUGCUACCCGAAUUUGGCUACACAUUAGAAGACCACGCCCAUAUUCUUGUCCCAGCCAUUGCGAAAUUAAUUGAUGUCACCAGCGAAACAAGCCUAUCAAUCCUGCUCAACACAUCGUUGGAAAGUUCCUCGAAUACACAACCACAAACGCCCGCUAAUGCGGAACCAGUGGCACCAUCCCAGGACUCCGAUGACUUAGACGUUUCUGUAACCCGAGACUUCAUGGAUCUCACUUUGGAUGUGAUCAACGCCGGCCAUGCAGCUUUGGGUGAUUCCGGAGUAACAAGCAGUACGCUGAUUGACGGUCAGUCUAAUUUGCCAACAAUGACGACUACCACAGCCUCUUUUGGUAGUGACGGUGUCGUUGGAAGUGUGCAGUUACGACGUAAUUGCCUCGAAUGUCUGGCUCGAUUCACUGAUCGCAUUGAUUUGGAUGAUUUAGCUGGUCAAAUCGUGCAUCCAAUUUGUCGUCUAUUGCUCAAACUUGACGCAUGUCAUCAACAAUUUCAAUAUCUCACACAGCAUCAUCAUCAUGUUAGCUCUGGAUCAUCUUCUUCAUCUGGCAUCAAAUCAGCUGCCAUCGCUGGUACUGAAGCUUGUGUCAAGGCGAUCAACACGUUGCAUCCAGCCGCUGUCGAUGUGCUUACUGGCUUACUAUUACGGAUGGGCCAGAAAUUUAAACUACUCCUUCCAGUUGUGCAAAAAACACUGAACAAGUUCCGUUUGAGAACCCCCCGAUUCUACACAGUUUUGGGUCGAGUUGAGAAAGGUGCCUACUUGCCUACAACUAGUGACCAGGUUUUGGCGGAUAUCACGAGUAUUGCCACACAAAAUCGGAACCAACGUCCGGCAGUGCAAGAACCUGAUCCGAUGGCUUCACUGCGGUUGUUAAGAAUGAACGGGUUGAAUCUGGAACGAGCCUGGGGUUCGUCACGCAUUGUGAGUCGAGAUGAUUGGGAUCAAUGGUUGAAGACUUUAACAACGGCCCUACUGCGUGAAUCUCCCAGUCCAGCGAUUCGGGCAUGCAGUCAGCUCACUGCAAUUGCUCCAGUCAUUGGUCGAACGCUUUUUAACGCGGCGUUUGUGAGUUGUUGGCCAGAACUGACCCCUCCGCAACAAGAUAGCUUAAUUAGUACGCUUGAAUUGGUUCUGCGGGUGCCAGAUCAGUCUCCAGAUGUCAGUCAGACCAUUCUAAAUCUGGAAGAAUUUAUGGCUCACGUGGAUAAAGUGAGUUGUCUAUGGUAUUUUUGCAUUGCUACCCCCCCCCUACACGGAAUGAGCCUGAUCAGAAUUCGUAUCACAUAUUGCACAGUAUUCAAUUUACGCAUGUUUGGGUCUCAGAAUCUGGCUUAA